UAGUUGUAAAUGGUUAUAUUACUUCCUCGUGUGAUUCACGUACAAACAAGUUGGCGAAAAAUAUUACGAGAUGCACGUGAUUGUCGCGGCUAUAGAUUUUGGAACAACAUAUUCAGGCUGGGCAUUUUCAUUUCGAACUGAUUAUGAAAGAGAUCCAACAAAAGCCGAUGUUAAACAUUGGCAUUCCGGUACUGGAACUUUAGUAACAAUCAAGACACCUACUUGUUUACUGGUAAAACCAGAUGGAGUGACUUUUCAAGCGUUUGGUUAUGAUGCAGAAAAUCAAUACAUGGAAUUAGCAGAUAAAGAUGAGCACAAGAAUUACUACUAUUUUAGAAGGUUUAAAAUGCUACUUUUCGGCGCACUUGGGAAGCACCUUACGAAAGAAACAAAAGUUAUGGAUGAAUUGGGAAAGGAACUUCUGGCUGUGGAUGUGUUUGCAAUGUCUAUCAAGUUCAUGGUCGACGAUUUGAUGGUUGUUGUUAAUCAGCGCCUGACUGGGAUAAUAAUGGAGACUGAUAUCCACUGGGUGCUCACGGUGCCAGCGAUAUGGUCCGAUCCUGCAAAACAGUUUAUGAGGCUUGCUGCAAUAAAGGCUGGUAUAGCUACAGAAAAACUGACUAUAGUCCUUGAACCGGAAGCUGCCUCGUUAUACUGUCGACAUCUUCCUGUAGAUACAACCGUUAGUGAUGGUAGUUUGACGAUAUCCGAAUUCCCGACGGGAUCAAAGUACAUAGUGAUCGAUGCUGGAGGGGGAACGAUUGAAAUCACGGUCCAUGAAGUUCAAAGUCAAUAUACCUUACGAGAAGUCAGAGCUGCAAAUGGAGGCGACUGGGGAGGAAUCAUUGUAGAUAAAGCAUUUGAAAACUUUCUCAUUGAGCUAGUUGGCGAAACUGUGUUUAAUUAUUUUAAACAUUUGGAAACGGUGGAUUGGCUUCAUCUUAGUCGAGAGUUUGAAUUAAAAAAACAAGCAGCUGGAACACUAUCGGAGGGAAACGUAAUUAUGCAUUUUCCUGUGUCGCUUAUUGAUUUAUUUGAGACGGAAAAGGAGAGAAAAAUGAGUAUCAAAGAUACAAUAGUAGCUUCAAAAUAUGGUAAAACUGUAGAGCUUAAAAGAGACAAGUUGAAAAUAUCACAUUCUACAGUAGAUAAGUUAUUUGAAGUCUCAAUACAGCAAAUAGUUAAGCACGUUCAAAAAUUGAUGAAUGAUGAAAGAAUGGCAGACAUCAAAGCCGUACUCAUGGUUGGUGGAUACUCAGAGUCUCCUUUAUUGCAACAUGCAAUCAAAUCAGCACUUCCAGGAAUCCAUAUUGUGAUUCCACAAGAGGCAUUAUCCGCUGUGUUGAGGGGAGCCUUGAUUUUUGGUCACAACCCAAUGACAAUAACCGAGAGGGUACUUAAGUAUACAUAUGGUGUAGAUAAGUACAAGCCAUUUGUAAAGGGAAAACAUCAAAAAAGCAAACGUAGAAUGACUGAUGUAGGUGACCGCUGUAACGACAUUUUUGACAAACUAAUUGAAAAGGGGUUGAGAGUGACGCCCGGCGAAACACAAGUUAAAAGAGAAUAUUGCACUGUUUACAAGAAACAAACCAGUAUGUGUUUUUGUAUUUUCAUUUCUGAAGAGAAAAACCCUACAUAUGUAGAUGACAAAGGAUGCACCAAAAUCGGAACAAUCCGAAUAAAAUUUGAAAAACCAGACGAUUUACCCGGACGUAAAGUCAAUUUAACAAUGUUACUUGGUGGCACAGAAAUCAUUGUAGAAUUAGAGGAUGAAAAGACUGGAAACAAAGUAAUAAAUACAGCGGAGUUUUGGGGCUGAAUGACAAUUGAUCAGAGACAAUAAUAAAACUUAUAUUAUUUUUGAAUGACAUGUAGAUGUCAAUUUCGUCAUUAAUUCUAUGUGUACCUUAUUAUAUAUUGAAGUUUCGAAUGUAUUGAUUCACAACUUUUACAGCUUGCAUUAGAAAGUGAUUAUACGUUAGUCACUUAAUAGCUUUUUAAUACAUGACCAUGCUUCAUACAUGUACUAGUAUACAUUAUAAAUCGUUGUAUAGAUGAUACAAAUCUUCGUGACUUUAAAUUAGUUUUAGUUUGCAAAGAAAUAUUUGAGUAUUAGUAAAUUUUGCCAGUUUUCUCAAGACACUGUGUCUACCUGAAUUAUUCUUUAGUAAAACUUUUUUCAAAACUUAGGUAGUAGUUGUAACUGAAAGAAACAAAAUAUGACAUUUUAUGUUAAAUGUUUGAAUUUGGAAUUUUAUAAGAAUACGUAACGAGAGAGAGACAGAGAGAGACAGAGAGAGAGAGAGAGAGGGGGAGACAGAGAGGGAGGGGGGAUUUGAAAUGUAACUGAAAGAAACAAAAUAUGACAUUUUAUGUUAAAUUUUAUAAGAAUACGUACAUGUAACGAGAGAGAGAGAGAGAGAGAGAGAGAGAGAGAGAGAGGGUGGGGAUUUGAAAUUUAAAUAUAGUGUGAUGAUUAAAGGGUUUUGAUAAUUUGAAUGGAAUAGUAACAUUAUUAAUAAGGACGAUAAUUAAAAAAAUCAUAUAAUCUUGGAUUAAAGACUUAAUUAUGUAUGAUCUUUGCUUAUUUGCAUUGAUAUUUUAGUUUUUUGUUAUUAACAAUAAUGCCAAGAAAAAAAAUUAUUUCCACUAUCCCGACCUUAUUUUUUACCGCCGACACCAAAGUUUUUAUUGAACAAAAUAUUUCAGUUUUCAUGUAUAUUGACAAAAGGGGCCUCUGACCAACAGUUUUGUUGCUUACUUCGAAUCUGUUGCACCUCCACACACCUCUGUGGGUUUGUCUGCCCAUGCCUGAAAUAAUGCCCGAAGAGACACCUUGGGUCAUCCUUCACUACUAAAGAAUGAAGUAUUUGUGUUACGCAAAUGUUUGGCCCUAAUUUUCUAUUUUCAAAAUAAAAACAAGGAAGAAUAUCCAACAGGGAAAGCCACGUUCUAAAAACGCAGCCUCCCCAAACGCAAACCCAGCACGCGGACGCGCACACGAUCAACACACACACACACACACACCACACACACACAAAGCAAACACACAAGGACAAAACAAACAAAUAAAGGAACACAGUGGGGCACCGCCUUGGAACGGUCAGUGGCAAAACCACCACUGGGGAGCUUAAACCGGUUUAUGGUGUACCUAACCUCACUCUUAACCCCACCAUAUUCCAAAGUCACAGGACAGUGUAAAUAAAAGUUAUCCCCGCCAGGUGAGACCCUAACAUACGCAAAGGCAACAGAAUGCAUGUAAUGUAAAACACUAAAAUGCACUUGUAUAUUUGUAUUGUUAACGUUUUUAAUGUCACCAUUUCGAUAACUUUUGUUUCAAUAAAUAUAAUAUAUGUAGUAUCAGUAUUGGGCAGUCGGGACAAAACUGCCAAAUAGACCGUAAACACGCACUUGAUCUCGAUGUCUAUUAUUUGUAAGGUAAUUUCAAAGGACAUUAAACUUAACAUACUAAACAAAGAUGGUACGAUUAAGGUUCUAACUAAAAUUUCUAUAAAUUGUUACAAUUUAAUUGUUUUUGUGAACAAGAAAAUACCGAACAUAU